CCAUAGAGUGGCCUAGACACAACCUCAGCUACAUUAUGAAAAAAAGCCACAUCUGCCCCAAAAGGAAGUCCAAGUCCCAAGAGCGAGCCCUGAAAAGCCUUUGAAUCAGCUUAAAUACCUCCUGGAUCUCUGGCCAGAAUUGAUACUAAGUAGGAGUUCCAAGGCAGAAGAUCUAAAGCGUUAUUGAUUAGAAAAAUGCAAAUGCAAACAACUCUGAGGUACCAUCUCACACCUAUCACAUUGACCGAUAUGACAGAAAAGGAAAAUGAAAAAUAUUGGGUGACCUAGGAAAACUAGAACACGAAUGAAUGGUUGGUGGAGUUGUGAACUGAUCUAGCAAUUGUGCCCCUUUUAUAAAAGCAUGGACACUCUUUGUUCUGACCAAACCACCACUGGUUCUGUGUUCCAAAGAGAUUUUCAAAAUAAGGGGAAGGAUCAAGGUGUACAAAAAUAUUUACAGCUGCUCUUUUUGUGACGGAAAAGGAUUGGAAAUUAGCAGGAUGCCUAUUCAUUGGAGAAUGGCUAAAUACCUGGUGGUUUAUGGUUGUGCCAUAAGAAAAGACCAAUAGGAUGAUUUCAGAAAAAACCUCCAAAGAAUGCCAUGAACUGAUGCGAAGUGAAGUCAGCAAAAGCAGGAAAGCAUCGCAGUACCCAGUAAAAGCAACCAUAGGAUGAAUCGCUGUGAAUGACAGGAAAAAUGCAAUGAUUCGAGGCCCCUCCAAAGCAUGCAGGACGAUAAAUGCUACCAACCUGCGCUGAAAGAACUGAUGGAGUGAGACUGUGAACAGUAGCAGGCCAUCUUCCACUUGAUUUUCUUUGGGGGAUUUUAGAAAUGAGUCUUCUUCCACGACAGGACCAACUGGACGUGUACAAGGAAUAUCAAAUGGGAUGACGGGGAGGAGAGAAUUUGGAAUUUGAAAUUUUAUUAAACAAAUGUUAAAACUGUUGUGUAAUUGAGAAAGAAAUUCUUGAUCCAAAUUUAAACAUGUAGAACUGAACCCUAUAUCUAUGUAUAUACGUAAAUGUGUGUGCCCAGUGAUCUGGAGGGUCUGGGCACUGAGGGUAUUGGGUUGCAUUAAGAGGGAUGUAUCUUAUCAUAAAAAAGGGAGCAGAUAAUUUGGAAUAUAAAAACCUUUGCCUUAAAGAUCUCCAACAGGGUUCUAAAAUCCCAGCUAUAGUGGAAAGUGGAAAAAAUCAGUAAGGCCAAAUGUCUUUGAGAGAGUGAGACAAAGAGACAGAGACAUAGAGACACACACAGAACAGAGAGGGAGAGAGAGAGGGAGACAGAGACAGAGAGAGAACAGAGAGGGAGAGAGAGAGGAGAGACAGAGACUGAGAGAGACAGAGACACAGAGACAGAGGGAGAGAGAGGGAGAAAGGGAGACAGAGACAGAGAGGGAGGGAGAGAUAGGGAGAAAGGGAGACAGAGACAGAAAGGGAGGGAGAGACAGACAGAGAAAGAGAGACAGAGAGAGAGAGCGAGGGAGAGACAGAGACAGAGAGAGAGACACACAAAUACACAGUGUGGGGUCCCAGAACUGCAGGGCCCACAAGGGAAGGGGUUCUCCUUAGUGCUAGGGACCCGAGGAGAGGCAGGGAAUCUGAGAACCAGGGUGAAGAAUGACAGACACAGACAAAUCAGUGUUUAAAUAGGACAGGCAAACCCCUAUGACAUUCUCCUUGGAAGGAAAAUAUGAGAGCUACACGAGGUAGAGGAAGAGAUUAAGGCAGAGAAUGGAAGCCGAGAGGGGCUGGAGCCUCAGGAGAGGAGAAGCUUUACUAGAGAGGGGGGGGGGGGGGAGAGAUUCCUAGAGCAGAGUGAAGAUCCAAGAGAAAAUUCAUGGGGCCGCCUUCUGUUUUUAUUGCAGGCUGUAAGUGGGUAGCACUCUCAAGCACGUAGCAAUCACGAUACAAAGCAGAGACAAUUCAGAUUGGAUGGCGAGGUGAAGGUGACACCUUGAUGGGCGUGUAGAUUUCCACCUGCGCUGUCGACUCCGAGCCAAAAUGUUCAUGAGUUUGUCUUAGGCAACAGGCAUGUGGCCGGGUCAAGAUUCCACUCACAAAUAUCAGAGUAUCACCUUGUGUCUGGAGACACAGUAACCAUACAAUCAUUUAUAUUUCAUAGAUGUGAAUAUGCUUGGAAUGCUACAUAUCCCCCUUUUUUGUUUUAAAAAUCAAAUGAAGUGAAAGGUGAGUGAUAUAAAAUGUAACGAAAUUUGGGAGUAAAAUUAAAAAUAGAAAAAUCAUGUAGCAUCAUCAAUUGAUACUUCAAGUGAUUCAAAGUAAACAUCCAAAAUAUGUAGCCAAACCUCUGGCUGUGAAAAGUAAUUGUGAUUGUCAACAAUAAGAACAAUUUCACUCUCACCUUAUUAAUAAUAUUGUAGAGAUAAAAAUGAUCUCAAUGCUUAGUAAUGAAAAUCGAAGAUAAAAGUCUCAUCAAAGUUUAAAGUAAUGAUAAAAAUAAUCAGAAAAUGAUCUUCCCUCAAAUUAUCCUGAAUUAUUGAGGUAGCAGUCCCAUAGAUCAUAGGACAGGUGCAUUAGCAGAUAGUGCCCACACACAGUUAGGAUUAGAAGAAGGUGCCAGAGCAUUCAUAGCCAAAGAAAAGAUGACUGUAUCUGGAGUGAAGGGGAAAUUCCUUUCUCUCCCUUGUCCUGAUUAUGCAUUUUAGGGAUAUACCCGCCCAGAUGCCUGCCACAUGGCAAUAGGGUUGGACCUUGAUACUCGAGCCACCUGCGAAGGAGGGUGUCAAACACCGUGUCCCAGUACCUCCAACCUCAGCAGCCCACAUCCAUCCAUCUCUUAUGGAAUAUACGUCUGUGUGUGGCUUUGGCUGUCUGGCCCAUUGAGGUGUCCUCUGCAUUCCCUUUUCAUGCAAUCAGUGAUGGUCUCCCAGGAUAGUCACCUGCAACUUACCAAAUGCUGUCAUGUUCUCAUAAUCGCACACUGUUGGGUACAUAUCAAGAGAAAAAGUUUUGCACCUUCAUUGCUCAGCAUCAGAGUGUUAAAAGUACUUGAAAUAUAUUUCAAAAUGUAAGAAAAGAAAAACAACGGAGGAGAAUCAAAGUAUUCAGAGAAAAUAAAGUGAGAGCAUCAAAUCAAGAUUGCUCAAUAGAAUGAAAAGUGUUAUAAAAUGGUAUAAAAUGUUCUUAAAAUACUUUCUCUCUUAUCCCCUUUUUGUUGUUUUUGAAUCGCAUACCAAAUAUAUUCGCAUCUUUUACAUUUUCCAAACAGCAGUGCAAACAUCAAUUCAAGUAUCAAAAUGGCCAUAAACAUUACAUUUUGAUUUGUUGUUGAGAUAACACGCAUGAAGCUACUGAAGGGACCUUGCACCUUCUGGCUGCAUGUUUCUUAUAUGAGCCUUAUUUAAAUCUCUGCUUCUGGGUAAAUGAACCAUUCAAUAGAAUAACCCAGAAUAUACCAUAACCAAUGUUUGCAAAAUUCAUUCCACCAAACCAAUGUUUGGAUUAACAGAAGCUUGAUUUGCUUUCUAUGUAGAAGCAAUUUCUACAGCUUCUUGUUCAUAUGGAGUUUGAUGUGACUUAUUGUUCCUAGUUGUCAAUGAAUAAUAUUCCAUGUGCUUUUUCUACAAGCUUAUUAGUGGCCUGCUCAUUUUUUCCUAUUUUCAAUACAUACUCCAAAAGGGGAAACUGAGGGAAUACUUUGCCCUUGCUCCAUGUAUGUGUACAAUAACCUAUUCCACCCAGGAGGGUCAACCAUCUGCGCGUCCACAGAGAUUGUCCAACCUGGAGCCCUCAGUUUACUGCUGAGGCUUUACUUUCAUAUACCAGAACGUCUUCCAGUACUUGAAGUGGAAGCUAAUAGACCCCAAAUCCAGCGGCCUGCCUGAAUUCUGGGACUGGAGUUAGAGAGCAAGAAAGAAUCCCCAUAAAGAUAUUCCCCAAGAAGAUGGAGUUCCAGGACUAAUCAUCAAUAAUGAUAUUAACAUGUAACUACAGCAAUGGUCGUUGGCACAUAAUGUCUACAUAGGCAUUACCAAGAACAUAAUCUAUACAUGGAUGUAGAUGAUCAAUUUUCAAAAACGUGGGUUCCUAAUUAGAAUUUCAAAGUGCAUUUUGCCUGACAUCUCAGCCCUUUUCUAAGAGUGACAUCAGGACCAUCGGUCCAAUAAACAGCCCUGUGCAGCAUCUCCUGCACUAAACAUCAUUUUUGUGGUCAGGGUUAAUAGGUCUGUGCUGGGCCUGAAACAUUUCUAUCUCCUUCUCUUUGGAGAGUCAUACCGAUGUCGGUACCCUUGUUACUAGUAGCAUUUCUUACAAUACAAGUAGGAGUUUUACAAUGCACACACAAUAAAUUCCCUCAUGACAUAUAUAUAACACAGACAGCCAAAAUAAAAGGUAUACGUUAGUGUCUAAACAAUCAUAGCUAUUUUGAUUUUGUCUUUGUAGUGUGGGAUCCACUUGAUGUCAUAGAUAUGUACAAGUGGGGUUUAGUCCAUAUAAGUUAACAUGCUUGAUGUUGGUUUAGGUAUAAAGGACCAAUAGAGGUCAGCAUGACAAGUGUCCAUCAGUGGAAUAAUAGUCAAUGUCACUAAAAGCAGUGUCAUGUCAGUCUUUGGUGUGGUUAUAGUCACCAGUAAUGGUUUCUUCCAGCGUGCCUGUUAUGCAAUCAGCUGGCAUUGUUGAUGUUCCUCCUCUGCUUCUCUUCCUGCUCCCCUGCCACAUGGCAUGACGUGCUUGGUGGGUGACCAGGUGUUUUCACUCUCUGUAAACAUACAAACAAAACCUCGACCCACAGUUAUCAUCCUGUUGGGUCCCUGACAGUCUUAAUGUCCUGGUCAUAUUCAGACCAAUCCCUGUAUGUCAUACAAUGCAACGUUUAUCAUUACAUGGGAAUUGUGAUUUAAUAAUAUCAGCUCAUAUUCCAUCUGGGGUGUAGGAGAGAUGGAUGGUUAGUAAUACCAUGCCCACCCCUUUUUUCUUUUUUAAAAGCUUCAAUGCUUUUUCCAAUAACAUAGACUAUUGAAUAAGAUUGAUUCUAAUGAAGACUUACUCUUUUUGCAAAUAUAAAGUGAACCCUAUAAGGUAACUAUCAUACCUACAUUUUGGACGAUAGGCACAAUUUGUGCUUCAGUUGGACAGUAUUCCAUGUACUGUCAGAACCUUUCGAAUUCUAUCGUUUGAUAUUAGAGCAUAUUUGGGUAACAUGGAACAAUUCCAAUAAAAUAAUUGCAAGUUACACAUUGUACAAAUACCAUUUGAAGUGUUCAGGUACGUGAUCCACCUAGAUCUUACAACAAACAAACACCCAUACACUAGCACAACAGAAUAUGUGUAAGCAAAUAAAUGAUAGUUUCCUCUAGAUAGAUUGUCUUACAUAGAAGUACAUUUGUGUGGAUAUUGCAUUAGACCUGCGUAGGAAGCAUUGUUAUUGUCUCUGCAGCCCAUGUGCUGCUUUUUCUGUUGUCUGGCCUCUGUGCCACGUUGUGGACGGUGCCAGAGACAUCUGCCUUGUCCUUUCUGGGCAGACUUUCUUUCAGCUGGAUACUUUUAUUUUUCCUCCAUGGACUUAGUAUUUAUGCCUUAGUAUUUAACCAACAGUUAUACUAGAAUUCAUUUUAAAAUAUUAUUACAGAUAAAAUAACUGUUGUCUGCAUAUUCUGUAGCAAAUGACAAAAGUCAAAGAUUUUUAACUUUCUAGCUUUGCCUUUUAAGAAAUACAAUUAGACCUUCCCAUAGAAUUCUGCCAUGUCCAUUAGAUCCAAAAAUAGGCAUAGCUUAAGACCUUUUUGUCUUACGAUAAGUAUGGGUUUAAGUACUUUUCAUUGUUCAGCAAAGAGUUUACAACUUUAUCUUCCCCUAAGGUAUGCUUAACUUUGGGGAAGUAGAGUUCUCACAUUCCUGAUCAAGUACCUUCACUGCCCAAAUGGAGAGUGGUCCCAAUGGGAAAUGGUCCCAAUGGGAAAUGGUCUUAAUCCAACCUUAUGAAGUAGGAUCUGGGAAUUUUUUUUAAGGUUUACAAACCUAACCUUAUGAAAUAGAGUCUGAGAAUUUUUUUAAACCCUUACCUUCCGUCUCAGAACCAAUGCUGUGUAUUGGCUCCAAGGCAGAAGAGUGGUAAGGGCUAGGCAAUGGGGGUCAAGUGACUUGCCCAGGGUCACACAGCUGGGAAGUGUCUGAGGCCAGAUUUGAACCUAGGACCUCCCAUCUCUAGGGCUGGCUCUCAAUCCACUGAGCUACCCAGCUGCCCCCGAGUCUGAGAAUGUUUAAGGUUCACACCCCUCUAGGGUAAGCCGAGGGUUCCGGGGCUCCAGAUCCACUCUAACCCUCUCACUGUCCAGGACUAGUCAGGGAGAGUCAGGCCCAGAGCAUGGAGAUCAUGCUGGGCCAAAGGCACCUCAGGGAGAGCAACAGCCUGCGGCCCGGUCCUCCAGAGUCCCUUCAUAGGGUGACUGGGUGCCUCCUGGAGGUUCCCCUGAAAAGGCGAACAGGACCUGGGGAGGCUGCAACCAUCUCAAGCUAUAUCUCUGCUCAAAUACCUCAGAGCUUUCCCCAAAGCCCCUGCCGAGAAUGUGGGCUGCCUGUCCUUCCCUCUCCAGAGCUAGCUGAGCAGCGGGCCUCCAGCUUUGGCUCUGAGCUCUGUGGCAAAGGCCCCGGGGCGUCUCCUGAGAUAGGCCCAAAUUUUCCAGUGCCCCCCUCCCCCGGCCCAGUCGUGGCCAGGGGCUGGAGAGGGCCUUCCUCCGGGGUGCUGCCCCCUUCUUCCUUGUCCUGCCUUGCAUGGGACCCGGGGAAUGCUGCCAGCUGGCCCCCCCUGACCCUCCCUACCCAUACAUGAGGUCACAACAGGGGCCUCCUGGCUGUGUUACGCCUGGGAGGCUGCCCCUUCUUAGCUCAGCUGUCCCAGAGAGCCAUAGCCAGUCUGCCCUCCCCGCAGAGAGUAUCCUGGCCCUCCUCCAGCAGCCCCCUCCACCCCCACCCCAGAGCCCUGAUCCUCAGGCCCACCGAGACUCCCUGAGCCCAAUGAAACCCCAGAAAACCUCACCAGGUGAGGCCCCGGCCUGGGGGGCUGCAGGGCUGCAGGGGAGCCCGCGGGGGCCGGCCAGCCCCCAGCUCCGGCCUGCUUCCUCCCUGCUCGCAGUUGUCCAGCCCGGAGAGCUCCACCUGCCGGAGGAGGAAGUGGAAGCGGAACUGUCGUUCCUGCUGUGCUUCCCCAAGCCUGGCCCGCUGCAGAGAGCCGUGGCGGAGGGCAACUACCCGCCCCUCGGGCCCUUCACGGCCAUGUUUGAGAGUGACUUUGUGCAGGUGACCCCAGGCAGGCCGGUGGGCCCGGCUGGGGGAGGACGGGGGAGGGCUGGUCCGGGACACCCAGCAGGCCAGAGUCCCCUGGGUUGCUUCCCUAGAUCAGAGCCCAGACUUUUCGGGAGGAGCACCCCGGGGAGCCUAGUGGAAGUGGAAGGUAAAGGACGCCCCCCUCCCCCCUGCUCCCCUGCUCUCUGGCUCGGGGCUCUUCCUGAGGCCUAACCCGGUCCCGAAUCCCCCCAGGGCAGCCCAGCGUCACCAUCUGGACCAUCUUCUCCAGUAUUUCCAGGUCUCCAAACCCGUCCAAGGUACUAGGGAGGCUGGGACUGACUGUCAGGCCAGCUGGGCCCGGCCCAGAGGGCCGGCGUGACUCCUCCCCCCCUGCCCUUGCCAGGCUAUCGGAGCCUUCCAGUUCAGGGCCCUGCAGGUCCCCGUCGUGCUGGGCUCCAGUCCAGACCUUGUCCUCCUGGCUGGGCCUCCUCGAGGAUUAUUCAGGGCCGCUGCAGAACUUUGAUUUCGAAUCUCAACCAAGAGUGCUCAGGGACCCAUUAGAGCCCCAAGAGGGCCCCCAAGUGUACCCCCAAGACCAGAGGUAUCCCCAAGAAGGCCUCAAAAGUGGUGCCAAUGCAAAAAGCCGCAGCAGCCACAGCCCCAAGAGCAGCACGGGUCUAAAGAGCAAUCGCGUGACUCCUCAGGGGAGCCCAGAACCCCUGCCGAAGUUCUUUUAAAAAAAAUAGAGAUCUGGGAUGCCUGGCAGCACGGGUGGGUCCAAUGCCAGCCUCGGGAAGCCGCGUUGGCCUGGUCCCAGGUCGCCACAGAGCAGCCACAGCCCCAAGAGGGCCCCCAAGAGAGGCGCCAUUCCAAGGGGCACCACCACUCAAAACGGCACCAUCACUCAAAAAAGCAGCAGCUCCCCCAAGAGCAGCCACAGCCCCGAAGGCUCUGCGAAUGCCAAAAGCGCAGCAGCCGCCACUCCGGGUUAAGGUUCGGGACUCCUCAGGGGAGCCCAGAACCCCUGCCGAAGUUCUUUUAAAAAAAAUAGAGAUCUGGGAUGCCAGGCAGCACGGGUGGGUCCAAUGCCAGCCUCGGGAAGCCGCGUUGGCCUGGUCCCAGGUCGCCACAGAGCAGCCACAGCCCCAAGAGGGCCCCCAAGAGAGGCGCCAUUCCAAGGGGCACCACCACUCAAAACGGCACCAUCACUCAAAAAAGCAGCAGCUCCCCCAAGAGCAGCCACAGCCCCGAAGGCUCUGCAAAUGCCAGAAAACACAGGAGCCGCCACUGCGGGUUAAGGUUCGGGACUCCUCAGGGGAGCCCAGAACCCCUGCCGAAGUUCUUUUAAAAAAAAUAGAGAUCUGGGAUGCCAGGCAGCACGGGUGGGUCCAAUGCCAGCCUCGGGAAGCCGCGUUGGCCUGGUCCCAGGUCGCCACAGAGCAGCCACAGCCCCAAGAGGGCCCCCAAGAGAGGCGCCAUUCCAAGGGGCACCACCACUCAAAACGGCACCAUCACUCAAAAAAGCAGCAGCUCCCCCAAGAGCAGCCACAGCCCCGAAGGCUCUGCGAAUGCCAAAAGCACAGCAGCCGCCACUCCGGGUUAAGGUUCGGGACUCCUCAGGGGAGCCCAGAACCCCUGCCGAAGUUCUUUUAAAAAAAAUAGAGAUCUGGGAUGCCAGGCAGCACGGGUGGGUCCAAUGCCAGCCUCGGGAAGCCGCGUUGGCCUGGUCCCAGGUCGCCACAGAGCAGCCACAGCCCCAAGAGGGCCCCCAAGAGAGGCGCCAUUCCAAGGGGCACCACCACUCAAAACGGCACCAUCACUCAAAAAAGCAGCAGCUCCCCCAAGAGCAGCCACAGCCCCGAAGGCUCUGCAAAUGCCAGAAAACACAGGAGCCGCCACUGCGGGUUAAGGUUCGGGACUCCUCAGGGGAGCCCAGAACCCCUGCCGAAGUUCUUUUAAAAAAAAUAGAGAUCUGGGAUGCCUGGCAGCACGGGUGGGUCCGCUGCCAGCCUCGGGAAGCCGCGUUGGCCUGGUCCCAGGUCGCCACAGAGCAGCCACAGCCCCAAGAGGGCCCCCAAGAGAGGCGCCAUUCCAAGGGGCACCACCACUCAAAACGGCACCAUCACUCAAAAAAGCAGCAGCUCCCCCAAGAGCAGCCACAGCCCCGAAGGCUCUGCGAAUGCCAAAGAAUACAGGAGCCGCCACUGCGGGUUAAGGUUCGGGACACCUUAGGGGAGCCCAGAACCCCUGCCGAAGUUAUGUUAAAAAAGAUAGAGAUCUGGGAUGCCUGGCAGCACGGGUGGGUCCGCUGCCAGCCUCCGGAAGCCACCCGGGUCGCCACAGAGCAGCCCAAGGACAAACCGAGGGAAGGGCCGGAGCCCACCCAGGCCUCACAGCCCUCCGCCCGGGUCAAGGCUCUGCGGAAAGCCAUCCAGAAGCCACCGAUCUGGCUCACCAAAGCAUGGCAACACUGCAAAAAGGUGGUCUGCACCUGUACCAAGGGCUCCAACUAAUCCCCUGCCCAGGCGUUAGAUUUAAAAUAGUUUUGAGAGUUAAAUAGUUGUAGAUAAGAGAGUGGGAGCCAUAAACUGUGAUAAUUAAAAUGUGGCUGUGAGCGGACUUCCGGGUUAACAUGGCUGCAAUCUAGCCGCGAAUCACUUCCUCUCCCCAGCACCGAAUGAAAUAGACUACCUCAAAAGAGCAUAAAAAUCACCUUUGGAAGAACAGCGGGACUCUCCAGUAUCCCACAGAAAUGAAGGUACGUGGGGCUUGAACAUUUCCACACUAUAAGGAGGAGGAAAGGCUGGCACAAAAACAUGAACUGAGCCGCCCCUCUCCCCCCCGCCCCCACCAAACCAGAGUAAGGUAUCAGAGCUCUCACUGGGACAGCGAGUGAGUGAGGAGCAUCUCUGUCUGGGGGUGCACACCAGGGUCCUUGGGUUCUAAAUACUGCAGGGAAAAGAACUCUCAGGGCGUUUCACGGGAAAAUCCUGCACUGAGCAAAGGGGAGGCUGUGCUGAGCAAAGGGGCGGCCGCGCUGAGAGGCUGUGCUGAGCGAAGGGACAGCCCCGCUGAGAGGCUGCGCUGAGGAAAGGGGAGGCUGCGCGGAGCAAAGGUGCCUGCACUCUAAGAAACCUUGGAGGCUGGGAAGAACUAGUCUGAGGCAACCUAAAUUCACAGAAAACCCGCCCAUAUCACCCAGACCCCAGACCAAAAAGGAAAGGGGAAUAAAACCACCAAAGGGAUGGCUC